CUGUCCUAGUUAGCGAGAUAAUCCGAUCUUGCGUGAGAAGCAAACGGUUUUAGUCAUAUCCCGGGUUGAUAUCAGAUUCCGAUGUCGGAAGAUGACAACGGGCCGCGGCGAGAUCAUCAAGAAGCUGGAAGACACCACCAGGGACGCUGCCAGACAACAGUCGGAGACUCUCCGAUACAUUCUCCAACGCAAUGGUGGCUUAAGUUAUCUCCGGCGCUAUCUAGGCAGCUACAAUGGUUCGGUCGAUGCCGAUACUUUUCGGACAGCUGUGUCGUUGUCGCGCUACGAAGACUACACUGAUUACAUCAACAAAAUGGCCGACGGCGUCCUCACCGACAAAAAUUACGGUGGCCGGCCCCUCCUCUCCGUUGACCCUCUCACCUGCUUUUUCUAUAGCUCGGGGACAAGUUCAAUGAAACCAAAGUUAAUUCCCUAUUUUGAUUCAAAGCAUGCAAAAGAGACAUCAACCAUGGCUCAUCAAGUCAGUUUUGCAAAUGUAGGCAGGUUGUUUUCCCCCACGCCAUCCGUGAAUAAAGCGCUGUGGUUUCUCUAUGCUGGUAAUGUUGCAGAGACUAAAGGUGGAUAUUUUUAA